AUGCGGGCGCCACUCUGCCUGCUGCUGCUGGUCGCCCAUACCGUGGACAUGCUGGCCCUGAAUCGAAGGAAAAAGCAAGUGGGCACCGGCCCUGGGGGCAACUGCACAGGCUGUGUCAUCUGCUCUGAGGAGAAUGGCUGCUCCACCUGCCAGCAGAGGCUCUUCCUGUUCAUCCGUCGGGACGGCAUCCGUCAGUACGGCAAGUGUGUGCACGACUGCCCCCCAGGCUACUUCGGCAUCCGCGGCCAGGAAGUCAACAGGUGCAAAAAAUGUGGGACCACGUGUGAAAGCUGCUUCAGCCAAGACUUCUGCAUCCGAUGCAAGAGGCGAUUCUACCUGUACAAGGGGAAGUGUCUGCCCACCUGCCCACUGGGCACCAUGGCCCAUCUGAGCACACGCGAGUGCCAGGAUGAGUGUGAGCUGGGCCCCUGGAGCAGCUGGAGCCCCUGCAGGCACAACGGGAGGACGUGCGGCUCAGCCUGGGGCCUGGAGACCCGGGUCCGGGAGGCCAGCCGGCCUGGGCGGGAGGACACAGCCACCUGUCAGGUGUUGUCUGAGUCACGGAAAUGCCCCAUGCAGAGGCACUGCCCAGGAGAGACAAACCCCAGUCAGAAGAAGGGCCGCCGAGACCAGCGCCCGCGCAAGGACAGAAAGCUGGACCGGAAGGUGGAUGGAAGGCCACGCAGGCCUCAGGCCCGGACCGCCCCCUCCCAGGGGUCCUGA